AUGGCUUCCAAGGGCGGCUUGGAGGAGGUCCCUGAGGGUAUGCAUCCCCUAUCUGGCUUUUCAUUCUUUAUCGAGCGGGCAAAAGUCGAUUAUCGACAGAUCGAGUCCAACUAUGACGAGGUCACCGACUCCUUCGACUCCAUGAACCUCAAGGCCGAGCUUCUUCGCGGUGUCUACGCCUACGGUUUCGAGCGUCCUUCCGCUAUCCAGCAGCGUGCCAUCAUGCCCGUCAUCAAGGGUAACGAUGUCAUCGCCCAGGCCCAAUCCGGUACCGGUAAGACCGCUACCUUCUCCAUCUCUGCUCUCCAGAAGCUCGACACUAGCCUCAAGGCUUGCCAGGCCCUGAUCCUAGCCCCAACCCGUGAGUUGGCCCAGCAGAUCCAGAAGGUCGUCGUCGCCAUUGGUGACUUCAUGAGCAUUGAGUGCCACGCUUGCAUUGGUGGUACCAACGUUCGUGAGGACAUGAAGGCCCUCCAGGACGGCCCCCAGGUCGUCGUCGGUACCCCCGGCCGUGUCCAGGACAUGAUCCAGCGCCGUGUCCUCCGCACCGACAACAUCAAGAUGUUCGUCCUUGACGAGGCCGAUGAGAUGCUUUCUCGUGGUUUCACCGAGCAAAUCUACGACAUCUUCCAGCUCCUCCCUCAAUCCACCCAGGUUGUCCUUCUCUCGGCUACCAUGCCCCAGGACGUCCUCGAGGUCACCACCAAGUUCAUGCGCGACCCCGUCCGUAUCCUCGUCAAGAAGGACGAGCUUACCCUGGAAGGUAUCAAGCAGUUCUACAUUGCUGUUGAGAAGGAGGAGUGGAAGCUUGACACCCUCUCCGACUUGUACGAGACCGUUACCAUCACUCAGGCCGUCAUCUUCUGCAACACCCGCCGCAAGGUCGACUGGCUCACCGACAAGCUCACUGCCCGUGACUUCACCGUCUCCGCCAUGCACGGAGAUAUGGAGCAGUCCCAGCGUGAUGUUAUCAUGAAGGAGUUCCGUUCCGGUUCUUCUCGUGUCCUGAUCGCCACUGACCUGUUGGCCCGUGGUAUCGAUGUCCAGCAGGUCUCCCUGGUCAUCAACUACGAUCUCCCCGCCAACCGUGAAAACUACAUUCACCGUAUCGGUCGUGGUGGUCGUUUCGGUCGUAAGGGUGUCGCCAUCAACUUCGUCACCGCUGACGACGUCCGUAUGAUGCGUGAAAUCGAGCAGUUCUACAACACCCAGAUUGAAGAAAUGCCCAUGAACGUUGCUGACCUUAUCUAA